GAUAGCAGGGGGCCCCCGGCGUUUGAAGGAGGCACAGCCAGGGGCUCUGGGCAUGUGGGUCCGGCAGGUGCCCUGGCCUCUCACUUGGGCUGUGUUGCAGUUGAGCUGGCAAGCAGGGUGGCUUCUAGAGGUCUCCAGCGGGCCCUGGAGGCCCCUCACCUUCUCCCCAGCCUGGCUCACAGUGUCCGAGGGAGCAAAUGCCACGUUCACCUGCAGUUUCUCCAACUGGUCCGAGGACCUGAUGCUGAACUGGUACCGCCUGAGCCCCAGCAACCAGACUGAAAAGCAGGCCGCCUUCUGCAACGGUUUCAGCCAGCCUGUCCGGGACAACCGCUUCCAGAUCACACAGCUGCCCAACGGGCAUGACUUCCACAUGAACAUCCUCGCCACACGGCGCAAUGACAGUGGCAUCUACCUCUGUGGGGCCAUCUCCCUGCCCCCCAAGACACAAAUCAAGGAGAGCCCUGGAGCAGAGCUUGUGGUAACAGAGAGAAUCCUGGAGACCUCAACGAGAUACCCCAGCCCCUCAUCACCCAGGCCUGCAGGCCAGUUUCAAGGCUUGGUCAUCGGUAUUAUGAGCGUCCUAGUGGGUGUCCCUGUGCUGCUGCUGCUGACCUGGGUCCUAGCUGCUUUUUGCUCAACAGGUGUGUCAGAGGCCAGAAGAACUGGAAGAAAGGAACAGCCUCUGAAGGAGGACGCCUCAGCUGCACCUGUCUUCAGUGUAGCCUACGAGGAGCUGGACUUUCAGGGAAGACAGAAGACUCCAGAGCUCCCCACCCCCUGCGUACACACAGAGUAUGCCACCAUUGUCUUCACUGAAGGGCUGGAUGCCUCAUCCUUAGGACGUAGGGGCUCGGCUGAUGGCCCUCAGGGUCCCCGGCAUCCAAGGCAUGAGGAUGGACAUUGCUCUUGGCCCCUUUGACCAGAUUCUUCCGCCAUUAGCAUCCUGUAGACUCUCCGCGGAGAGCGCCGGUUCAUUCCUCCAUCAAGAGGAGCAUGUGGGUUACUGUGCCGCAAAGGCUCCUGGGGUCCGAGCUCCCUGGAG